AUGGAUCUGCCAAUCUGCUUCGUCCUUUGGCGCCUGCAAGCCUCGGCAGAGGUGAACAAGCGGAAGCAGGAGAGCUUGGAGCAGGAGCGGCAGGCAGCUGUGAGGCUGUCUGAACAAAAGACCGCCCAGCUCCAGGACAUGGUGAUUCAGGCACAGCAGCAGUGCCUACAGAGCAUCCGAGACUCGGAGGCAUCGGCCGCGAAGGCGAAUUCCAGGGCCGACGCAGCAGAAGCCAAAUUGGCUGAGGUGCAGAGGCAGCUGGAACUCCUCGACAAGGUGGAGGAUGCAGAGAAGGUAUCCUCGGCGCAGGCGGAGCAAAGACCAGCAGAGCGGCCAGCGAGGCCCAUUGCAGAAGUCCGGCUCGCAGCGGAAAGUUCGCUUGCCGAUGCUUCCGAAAGUUCCAAGCCGGACACCAGCUCGGACACGAAGCCGCAAGAGCCGCAAGAGCCGCAAGAGCCGCAAGAGGAGCCGGUGAAAGAGGCGGCUGCGGCUGAGGAGGUGCCAGAGCUCAAAGCAGAGCCGGCUACGACGGAGUCUUCACAGCCAUCGCAGCCGCGACAGCAGCUUAAACCUUUGACCGUCGAAGUAAUCAGGGUGCCCGACGCGAUUCCACCGCCAGCGCGAGCAGGUCCAGUUGUUCCAGGUAUCCUGCAACCUGGUGUGGUUCCGCGUGCCCUGACACCACAGUCACCACGUUCACCCGCUUGGUCCAACAAAUCCGGAUCUGAGAGGUUUGGAGAUGGUGAGGAGUUUGAGACAAGGAAAGAUGUAAAGACACUCUUUGUCCAGUGCUUCAAAGAUGACCUAAUCCAAGAGCGGCAGCUACUCAUGUCGCAGAUCAACAACCUCUUCAAGCUUCGAAACAAUGGCGAGCCUCUUCAAUACAAAGAGGCUGGCUACGAGAAGCUUCACAAUUUUCUGACGGACAUCCCCGGCCUUUGCCUGGUUGGAGCUGGCAACCGCAUGGAGCUGAAGCUGAAUGAUCGAGACAGCUUCGAGCGGUGUUGCGGUCAGUUGCUCGUGGGGCGGGCAGAUCUGCCCGUCUUCGACCAGCCCAAGCCGGUUCCAGAAAGCUUCCAGCACAAGGUCAUCGAAGUUUUCAGGCGGUGUGGCAGCCGGGAGAUCCCCGCAAAAAACUUUCGGGACUUGUGGAACUGCUUCUUCCCCCACGAGAAGCUGCAGUGCAAGGACUAUGGAUACCGUGAUGUCAAAGGCCUCCUGGCCAACAUCCCUGUGGUCGAAAAGGUCGGAGGCAAGAACUCUACCAAGUACGUGCUGAAGAGCGAGGUCGAGAUCUUGCCCAACGAACAGGACUCGGCAUUGAAGCUCGAGGGUGAUGGGUACCGCUGGGAGGUGCCGCAGGAGCCGGCGCCCAUCGGCGGAGCCCUCGCUUCGCAGCACCUAGACCUGGCGGUCCCACUCACGGACUUCGUGGCCGGGGAGGUUCAACCGUCAGUUAUUUCGACACAGAAGUUGUUUUUGGCUGGGACCGGCUUGAAUGACUCGGCACCUAGUCCCACGCAGGCCACAGCCUCUGAUGCGGCUGCGAGGGGGCUUGCACCGCCUCCGCGACAGGGGCAAGCUCCGGGCCGGUGGGCAGCACCUCAGGCUUGGAAUGAUCUGUCGUGGCCAGCACAGGAGCCCUCAGCCUCGAGCACGACCUGCGCAAGCGUGACUCCCUUCUUCCCCGGCGCAGCGCCGGAGUUGCCGCAGCCGUACCCCUCACUGCCAAUGAACGUGCCGACGCCGGCGCCGGCACUGCGGCCGCCGCAGCCGUUGCCCAUGCAACAGCAACUGCUCGAUUUGCAGCACAGCCGGCCACUGGGACAGCCCUUGGCACAGCCCUCGGAUCCUCGCUUUGUGGCGCAGGCGCCCUACCGGCAGGACGUGGCGACAGAUCGUGCCGAGGAGCUCAUCCGCCUGCAGCAGGAGGUUCAAACCCGCCUCCUGCAAGAGCAGCAGCGACAGCAGCAGCUGCUCGACGCCAUGUCGCACCCGGCGGCGACGCACCAUCCCUCGGCCCAGUUCCACCUUCAGGGGCUGCCGCUGCCACAGGAGCAGUUUCAGCAGCCACUGCUGCAGCCACAAGAGCAUUUGGGCCUUCAGUACUUCAGUCGUCCUCCAGGCGAAAACCAAAUCACUCCUAUGCCUCCCGGCUGA